AUGGGUAUAGCAGGCAUUGGAGUGGUGAUAAGAGACUCUGAAGGUAUGGUGAUCGCAGCACUGUUGGAGCGCAUUUUGCUUCCAUCCACAGUAGAGGACGUGGAAGCUCUGGCUUGCAGGAAAGCUAUCUCCUUCUCCAUCAAGCUUGGUCUUCAAGAUGUAGUCUUUGAGGUCGACUUUGAGAUCAUUUACAGCCACCUUGUUUCGGACUCAACCUACAUGACAGCUUUUGGUCACAUCAUUGAGGACUCACGGUGUUUAGCCAUAAGUUUGAGAAGAGUGUCUUUCUCUCAUGUUAGGCGGAAUGGAAAUAGAGUGGCCGACAAGCUUGCCAAGUUAGCAAAAUUCUUGUACGAACCACAAAUUUGA